UGUAAUUUUUCGCUAUUCUUCGCUUUGAACUGAACAAAGUUGUGUAUGGUAUCCAACAACCCGAACCCGCAAGAGGGCUUUUACCUUGACCCGAACGGAAUGGCGCUGCCCGGCCUCGGCCCUUUCGCCGCAGUCACCGCCACGGCGGCGGCGGCGGCCUCGACGACGUCGUCUUCGGAGGAUUUGUCGAAGAAGAUCCGAAAGCCCUACACCAUCACCAAGUCCCGAGAAAGCUGGACCGAGCCCGAGCACGACAAGUUCCUUGAAGCCCUCCAACUGAUGGCUGACCACGAUCACGCCAGAGACGACACUGAAGUCAUCGAACCUAUUGCCCCUCACAUACAAGAGCUGCCUAGCACAAGUCUUAGCAAGGCCACUGAUUACUUACAAGAUGGAUAUCGAAUCUAUCUGCAGAAGGAUCAUCAGGAGAAGUAUAGACGCUACGCUUUAUUGCAAGCGACUAACAUCUUUAACACUCUCGUAACUCUCUACUCGACUUUGUUCCAUGAACAGUGGCAACAUUUUCGUAGAUACUUGGAACAGUUUGACGUUCCUGCAGGUCUCACACAAUGGACCUUUGCAGCCAGAGUCUACGUUUCAUGUUGGAUACAUGAUUUGUACCCACCAAUUCGAGAGGCCGUCAAGAAGCUCACGCCCUUGGCAUUUAAGCAGCAUUUCUCUAUGGGCGAACCCUUAUACAGUCUGUUUUAUGACGAGUAUCUCGUCCGAUUGAAUGCAUCAAUACGUCCAACUUACUUGAAAGGAAUGAUGGAAGAUACCUUGUAUAUUCCGAUCUUUUCUGAACAACCAGUGAAUUGGAGAGCAGAUAACCCUUUAGGUAUUGUCGGUUGGAACACCAACUACACAUGCUUACAUGGACUUAUCGCUAUCAUGCAGGAGAGGAAGUUCUGGAAUAUGACUCCCCUCAUCACGGACACAUUGGGCCGACCCUUUUGGCUCUUUGACUGGCAUGCUAAUAAUACCUGUUGUGCAUGGUUUCCCGCAUAAGGUAACUUCAGCAUGGAAGACAUCACACUUGGGUAUAUACUUGGAGUAGCUUGUACUCCAAGGCUUGGACCACGAGAUGUGGAUGAUUGGCAAAUCUUCCCAGAUGGAAUCGUACCAGCACAGAUUCGAAUCGACGGCUACCAGCGCGUCACAGAAAGAUGCUUUUACGGAGCCUUUGAAGUCAGAACAAUUCAGCUGAACGAUAUCACCACCGCCGCACUCCGAUCGAUACAGAGAACUCGCGAACCAAUAGUUCGUAGAAGAACUGCACUCGGCCGCACCAAGCGCACACGCCCCGAAGCCCUACCUGCACUAGGAGAAGGAACGCACACACCGGCUUUGACGCCAGCUCCCCAGCAACCUGCCCAACCAGAGCAGCCUGCAGAGGAACCAAAUGCACCGAAACUCCGUAUCAUCGAUUGGACGUAUUAUUACUCUUGCAUUUUAAAUGUGGACAUCCACACUCGCACAGGAGCACAUCGAAUGAUAGUUUCAGGAUCUUAAUUAGUUUAGUUUCAGACUUUAAUUCAAUUCAUUUUGGAUGACUAUAAUUGAACCUAAUUUCGUGUACUUCGUUUGUUAGACAUUCGCUUGAAUUUGAAACAUUUAGUGGAUGCUUGGUUCAUGGAUUUAG